GUUGAACUUAUUACAAAUACUUGAAUAAUUUAGCUUUUUUUGAAAUGUUAAAGUUUCUUAUUUUCCUUCGGCUUUUGUUUUUGAACCAUGCCUUGGCUAAUGGAUUAACAUUUGAUAUUGUUAGUCUUGGAGCUAAGCCCGAUGGGAAGACCGACGCCUCGUUUGCGCUUCAAACGGCAUGGACCAAGGCCUGUGGCUCAUCAACACCAGCAACUAUUUACGUUCCCAAUGGCACAUUCUACGUUAAAAGUGGUAGUUUUAAUGGGCCUUGUAAGAACAAUGCUAUUACUAUUAGCAUCAAUGGUACUCUUGUGGCUUCUUCAGACAUGACAGUUCUAGCUGAUACUAAAGCUUGGAUUUGGUUUAAAAACGUAAAUGGGCUUUCCAUUUCUGGCGGUGUUCUUGAUGGACAAGGAACGGACUUAUGGAACUGUAAACGCUCAAAGGAGAGUUGUCCCGAUGGAGUCACGAAUCUUCAACUCUCAAAUGUACAAAACGUAAUCAUUAGUGGAUUGUCUUCGGUUAAUAGUCAAAUGUACAACUUUGUGGUAAAUGAUUGCCAAAACGUGAAAAUGCAAGGAAUUAAAGUCUCUGACCCUGGCAAUAGUCCGAACACAGACGGCAUCCAUGUAGUACAAUCAUCAGACGUGACCAUUCUUAACUCAAACAUCGCCACAGGUGAUGACUGCAUCUCAAUCGCCUCAGGGGCCUCUAACUUGUGGAUAGAAGGUAUUACAUGUGGACCUGGACAUGGAAUCAGCAUUGGAAGCUUGGGGAAGGAGGUGGAAGAGAACGGAGUGAAAAAUGUGACGGUUACAUCAUCUACUUUGACAGGGACUCAGAAUGGAGUGAGGAUUAAGACUUGGGGACGACCAAGCAGCGGGUUUGCUAGAGAUAUUUAUUUCAAGCACAUUAUUAUAAAUAAUGUGAGCAACCCUAUUGUAAUUGAUCAAAAUUACUGUCCGCAUAAACAAAAUUGCCCUAGUCAGGGUUCGGGAGUUAAAGUCAGUGAAGUAACAUACGAAGACAUCACGGGAACAUCAGCCACUGAAAUAGCAAUAAACUUUGAUUGUAGCCCAACAAAUCCUUGCACUCGACUAAGCUUGAAAGAUAUUAAUCUGACUUAUGGUAAUCAAAUUGCUCAAGCUUCAUGCAAAAACGCCCAAGGAACUGCCUCUGAUGUGGUUAAACCUCCUAGUUGUCUAGUUGCUUAGUAUAGAGAAAUCUAAAUAUGGUAUUGGCGUAUUGGGCAGUGUAUCACAGUUCCGUUCCUUAAUAAUAUUGUGAU